AUGUACAAUAACUGUAACAAUUACUGUGGGAUCAAUUAUGAAUCUUGCUCUGAGUGCUUGCAACUUCCCGGCUUUCGUCUCCGGUACUUUCUGUGUCCCCUGUUCUUCGGCAUCAGCAUACCGGGUCCGACGCCCAGUGGCACCAACGUGGGCUCCUCAGGGCGCUCUCCCAGCAAAGCCGUGGCCGCGCGGGCGGCGGGAUCCACGGUCCGGCAGAGAAAAAAUGCCAGCUGCGGGACUCGGAGUGCAGGCCGCAGCACCUCUGCAGGGACUGGGGGAAUGUGGAGAUUCUACACUGAUGAUUCCCCUGGGCUCAAAGUUGGCCCUGUUCCAGUGUUGGUGAUGAGUCUUUUGUUCAUCGCUUCUGUAUUUAUGUUGCACAUUUGGGGCAAGUGCACACGCUCAUAGAUUUGGCUGCAUCCAUCUGUCAUCUGAAGAAGAAGAAGGAAAAGACCCAA